UUCUCUUCUCAAGCUUUUUAUAUUUCUUUGAUUGCUAAGGACGGCAGUGUGUUUUUGACAGAAACCAAAAUGUUUCGACACCGUAAACCUCCACCCCACGCAAAGAGGUUUUCCGUUGUUUUCUCAGUCACCCAACGGUCCACCAAAAAGCGCUCGCAUACAGGGUCCAAUCCUAAUGAAAUCCCCUCUGCCCGCCCGGCCCUCACUACCUCUGCGCUUGUCUCGUCCACCCCUCCUUUCUGUUCGUCUCUUUGUAAUAAUAGAAUCGAGAAGAACGAACAUAAACCAGUUCCCCAAACUCAAAAACGCCUGAGGUUCCCCUAA